AUUGAAAACUGACCUUGGGAGCGCAAGCGUUCAAUGGUUUAAUGUCGGGUCAGUUGUCGAAAUCAUGCACAAUCAUCCAGGAUCCCGUCUCAAAUCCAAAUAUUGAACAAGCCACUUAUGAUACUGACGAAAAUUCUUAUGGAAGAUGUGCUUCAUCAUUAUAUGAAGAUGAUGUGAAAGUUAUGGAAGUGAAUGAAAAAAACGUAGCUUCAUCAUAUCAAGAUUCUCGGUGCACGCGAUCUUCUGAUGGUUCACAAUGUUCAGUUGAACGUAGUAAGGAUAGUCCUAUGGAAAAUAUUUCACCUUCCGAGAUCUUAUCAAAUAAUCAGGGGAAUGGAGUUCGUUGGCGUCAUUGUAUAAACAAUGGUCAAGAGAUGUACAUUAACGAAGCAACUAAUGAAAAAUGGGUUCCAGCAACUGAUCAAUAUGGAAAAACAUAUUAUUAUGAAUUAAACACUCGUCAUUCUGUAUGGGCACUUGAAGAUUUAGAAACAUCAGUUACAGAAGCUCCACACUUGUCCGACUCAUUGAAUAAUUAUUUAGAUAUUAAUGGACUAAAUCCUUCUAAGGAAGGACUCAACUGUUCGGUAUUUGAAGAUGAAAACAAUUGUUCUUAUGUUGAUCAAUAUCCAUCUGUAUCUAGAAUGUCAAGUAUCAGUAAAGUUAAUCGGAGAACAAUGAGUCAGUCUAAAGCGUCUCAUAGAAGUUCACAUAUACCCUCUGAAGUUUGUUCAACACAAGUUAUCAAUCGACCUUUCAGUUUAGUCAGUCUUGAUGAUCAAGAUCAAGGAGCAGGUGGACGUUUUCAGACAAAGAAUCUAAGCAAAGAAUAUAUCAGUGGACCAAGUGAAAAUAAGCUUACGCACUUUGAACGACGUGGUGCAGUUAUUCGUACAAUGUUAAUCGAAAAUGAUAAACGUGUGUCGAAAAAAUGGAUACCAGGUGUAUUACAUCUCAGUGGUCCAUUACUUUUUUUAUACAAAGAUAAUAAGCCUUCUUUGCCUAAAAUACAUCAACCACUUGGUAAACCUGAUGUUCAAUUCAACAUCAGAGAAGUAAAAGUUAGCGAGGCCAGCGGUGAACAAACAUCAAGAAAGAAUGUGCUUAAAAUUGAAUGUGAGACUGCUGGAAAGUUGAGUGUUCAUUUAGUACAAAUCCCAGCCAUCGAUUAUAAAUCGUGGAAGGCUGCAAUACGAUAUGCGAAGGAUCUUUUGAAUGAAGAUCAUGGAGUCACGUUAGGACGUUCAUUAACCAAAUAUGAUUCGGUACAACCUUCUGUGCUCGAUAAAAAACUGUUGGCAAAAUUGCGCGAUUUUUUUAGAACAAGACCAAGUGCUGCAUCUUUACGAUCUCGUGGUAUUUUGAAGAAUGAAUCUGUAUUUGCAUCGACAAUCAUACAAAUAUGUGAGAAUGAAGAUUCUGAUGUACCUAAUUUUAUUGUUCGUGCAAUUCGUGCUAUUGAAGCUCGAGGACUUGAUCAUGUUGGGAUUUAUCGAUCAAGCGGGAAUGGUGCUACAAUCCAAAAACUUCGUUGUGCCGUUAAUCAAUAUAACUACAGUUUAAAUUCUGAAAAAUGGAGUUUAGAGGUAUUAACAGGUGCAUUGAAAUUAUUUUUUCGAGAACUUAAAGAACCACUUAUAACAUUCAAAGUGUAUCCAGAAGUUGAUCAACUCUUAGGUAAAUUCAUUAUUAAUACAGUAAAUAACAUUUGCCAGUGUUUUUUUUCUUUUCAUUAUCCUUUUUUCACUGUUAUUGAAAUGACUUAUAAUCAAUGUUGUAUAUAGAGUGAUAGCCGGCCUACCAUUCGGGUGUGUGUUAAGGAUAAACUUCUUAAUCUUUAAUGAUGAUUUAUCCUCGAGCUCUUUGCAAUCCACUACGCAAUCAGAAAAUAAGGACAACAAACAGAUUAAUUCUUGUUUGAACUCUACUCAAAAUUCAUAGAAUACUAUACCUCGAAUACCUACUCUGGCAGUACAAAAAAUAAGAGAUUAUAAUGUAUACACAACUCAGCCAUAAGUAAUACAAAACAGAGCAAUAAAAAAUUUAAUAAAUAGUGAAAAAUCUGGAACAGUAAGACGUAGAAAAACUAUUCGUGUGUCAAGACAAAACGUACAAAUAUGAGAAGAUAAUAAUACAAUACCCCAGACGUCUAAUAGUUUCUCAAUACAAAUAUAAACAAUAAUUUCCAUUAAGGAUGUUUAUGGAAUAUCAACUACUCUCUAAUCCUCUUCGAAAUAACCAGUUUUAAAGUGAUUCUCAUCUUAAAUGGACGCAAGUCCUAGUACAUUAUGUUCCUAUUACGAGAUGUGAAUGUUUCCAGAUGAAAUGUUAUGUUUGCCGAAGACAUAGCUAUUAUAUGUCUCAAGUCAGGUUUGUGUAUUCAGAGGGAGUGGCGAGUCUUUUUUUUCCAUCGUGAUGUUAUCGUCAAUAUAUUAAUCAUUCUCAUAACUCUCCAUUAUUUUUAUUGCAUCACUCAUAUCAAAUCCAUGAUUUCAUUUUUAACUAGCUCAUCUCAACUCAUAUUAUUCUUGAUUACUAUUAAUUUUUGUCCUCAUAGCAUAAUCAGUUAAUUGUCUUAGGUCUGUAACCUCUGAAAAUCCAUAAUCUUCUCUCAAAUGUGAUGUUCAUUUACAACGUACUACGUCUUCAAUAUUACUGCACUUUUUUCAAAUCUCUCCACGGUAAUGCUACAUAUCCAUAUCUAACCAAUAUCAGUGUUAAGUAUGUUAACUUUGUCAUAACUUUUUGAAAGCAAUUAAAGGGACAUUGCUAUUGAUCAUAAUAUUAUUUUACCUAGCUACUGAAACAACUAUGAAUUGGUUAUUUAAUUGCUAGCGAGUGGUGAAUUUACUUAGCUUUCUGUAAUUACAUGCUAAUUUCUUCCUCACUGGAUAAUUUCUAUGACAUAUUUCCGCUAUGAACUUUAGUGUUAACUGAUUAUUUGUUAUCGCUUUUAGUUUGCUAGCUUUGUUAUGUUCCCCAAGGUCAUUGCAUAUUACUUUCUGAACAAAGUUGUUCUUCUUCAAUUAUCAACUUCUGUUCUGUAUAUAAAGCUAUCCUGAAAGUUCUAUCUUCUCUAUCUCAUGUUAGCUUGCGGAUUAUUAAAGAUGACCUGUUGUGUUUUAAACAUGUAGUAUGUUGAAAUUCAUAUUCGUUCUCGUUCAUCUUAGAAGAUUCGUAGUACAUAAAAUAGGGUUUACUGUAGGCCGUCUGAAAAAAACCAAUACAUAAUCGCUUUAUAUCAUCUAUAAUUAUGAGCCAUUCUUGAAUUGGAUUUCUUUUUAUUAAAUAUACAGGUGAUAAUGAUUUAGCGUCAGAUAUAAAAGUGAUUAAAAUGAGAGAAUUGAUCAAUUCUAUGCCUGUCCCACAUAUCAACACAUGUCGAAUAUUUUUUCAUCAUUUGUACAGAGUAAUGCAAUUGUCCAGUAUCAACCAAAUGCAUUCUUACAAUUUGGCUAUUGUUUUCGGACCCAGUUUAAUUUGGCCAGAAGUAGAAUCUGUUGCAUAUAGAGCACUUAAGUCUGUACAGGUUCCAUGUAUAGAAUAUCUGCUUACACAUGUAGAGGAAAUAUUCGGACCUGUAACCCCACCGCCAGUUAUUUCAUAAAUCCAUACAUAAGAAUAAAUACUGUUUUUAAUAUUUUAUAUGAAUAAUAGGUUAAUUUCAACCAUUUCUUCAAAUAUAAACACAACGCACUGCUCAAAAUUUACUUUUUUGUUUGCGACCUAAUUAUCAUUAUCAGCUUUAGAGUUAUCAUCAAAUAUUUUUGAUCUCUAAUUUUUUUAAAGUCCAUAUUAUCACAACAACACAUGUAUAGUGUGUAUUUUUUGGCCCCUUUUUUGGAAACACGCACCGAGUAGUAAAGUAAUUUUUGAAUUUUUUAAAAUUCUAUACGACACAUCCCUUAAAUUUAUUUGCUUUCUAGUAAACACUUGUUUGUAAUAAACAAUCACUUUAUACUUGCUAAAAUAAUUGCAAAAAUGUGAUACAAAAUAACACUUAGCACUGUAAUUUUUUUCUUGUUUUCUACUACAUUGUUAGGGCUUGAAUGAUUUCAACGAAUAUCUUCUAAUGUCUAUAGUUUUCGUUUUGUUUAAAUUGAUUCAUUUGUUUUACUAGCCAUUUUAGCAAUUUUUUUAUAACGUUGUUGUUAUGGUUGAUGAGGCAGAAUUUUCGAUUAAGAUCAACAGGUAGAAUGUUAAGCGAUAGGUGAACAGAACGAUGUGAUUUAGUUAAGUGUUGGCCACUCACAAGACCGUAUUAUUGACUUAUUUCUUUGAAUAGUUAAAAAUCAGGAACAAGACCACUAAACAGAUGUAAUGAAACAUGUUCAUAUACAGCAUACGAACACAAGAUAAGAAUGAUGAAAUGUCAUAGGCGAUUUGGAGGGAAUUAGUUUAGUUAGGUCACUUAUUCUUCAAUCAGUUGAGACCUGAAUGUUUGGCCUCAUUCCUAAGCAUUGUAUCAGAACUUAUUAGAACUAAUUUCUGUUUUUCUCUUACGUUAAUUGUGCUAGUCACCGAUAAAACACAGUGCUUGCGUAAUUCAGAAAUGUUGAAGAAUUAGUUAGGUUCGUUUACCAGAUCACCUAUUUCGGUUUGAUCAAAGGGGGUGGCCCAAAUCUG